GUCAGAUCUUUUUAAGUAUGCAGAUCGACUGAUCAUCCUGGAACUUUAAUCGAGAAUCUUAUACGAACUCAAUGAACUUCCUGAAUUAACCUCUCUACGAGCGGAAAUAAAUCGAACACGACGUUGAGACGAGGGAAGCAUGGGGGAUUGCGACGACGACAAACGAGGCCUAAGAGACAGCGCGAGUUUGAAGUUUCUUUAAUCGGAUUAUUUGCGGGAGAGGAUUCGUGCGAUAUUCCACCGUGUAGAGUUUAAUCUGAUGAAUUCGCAGCGCUUGUGGUAGGCGAAUACAUAGAAUAUUUCGACGUCAAGAGCUUCCACUAUUGAUCGGCUUUUCUACCCAAAUGGGGCCAUCCUCCCGAAACGCCCACUUCCACCUUCAACGUGUGAUGUUCGGACCACCAGGACGAAUGGCACCAACACCAGGGGCAGGAUCAAAGGUACAACCGGUUCGAGUUCUCGAAGGCUUUCCACGUAGCACGAUCGACGCGACAAGUGCUGAUUGCUUAUUGCAACAGAGCAACAUUGAGGAAGCCGGGGAAGGUCUCGUGGACGCCAGUUGGAGUUUCAAAAAGAAUACAAUAUAGAAUUUAAUGUAUUUGCCCUUGAUACAAGUGCUUAAGACUAUUUAUCUCACUCUUUUAACGAGGCUUCGCAAUCUUUAAAAUCCGGAUCCACAUCAUCGAGCUCGGUAGAAAACAUAGUAGCCUUAAUUGAAUUGUUUUUAAGAUUAGGCGUCAAAAUAAAUGAAGGAGAUAUGUCGCCUCUUAUCUCAUCCGAGAAAAUGGCAGAGUCAUUCCAUAAUAGCCUAGCACAGCAUCAUUCUUUUUCCAUGAGCGUCGAAACACACCAUAAAUGGGAUGUAGAAA